AUGGCGUCGUCCUCCUCUCCUUUCGGGUCGCCUCCACGGCUGCUCUCAUUCGGCAAUCCUCCCAAACAGCCCAACUCUCCACGCAGACGCGGCAGCCCGAGAAUCGACCAGAUUGCCGACAAGCUUUUGAAGAAUGCUGUCGUUCUGGUCGAGAGGCUGCCGAGGUCAAUCACCGACAAGGCAUCUCAGAAGGUGAAGGAGAAAGACGAAAACCCUCAGGCUGAUUCCGUGUCCACCGGAAACUCGAUCCGGGCAGAGAGUGCCCCAACUCCAAGAGACUCGGGACCGAUUGCACCGCCUAAGAAGAGAAAUAUGAAGAAGCUACUACCGAAGCCUUCCGAGCAACAACGUUAUGCCGACGCGAUGUACCCAUAUGUUCACGCGAACGCUGCCGCCAUUCCCUUUUACCCAUCAUCCACCCAUGGGUCCGUUGCUCAGCAGGAUAGAGGUCAACAGUCGACCAUGCCGCCUCCGCCGCCUAAUGGCCUGCAGUACCCAAUUGCUCCGCAUGGAACUCAGUACCCUCUUGGCUCGUCGCAGCAAUAUCACGACAACGGAGCACAUCAGAGGUUUUACGCUCCUUAUCCGGGAGCAAGGCCGAGAUAUCUUCCUCCUGCGACCGCCACAUCAGGCUUCCGGAACGCUGCAUACCCGGAUACUCUGCAAGCACAAAGCAACCAGUCUCUGCAACAGCCAAACCCAUCGCUAGUGGUUCGUAUAAGAGAGGUAGGACCUGAAAGUAUGCUGGCUACACAAAAUAGAGCCUUAGACGGUCAACCAAUGACGGCGGACAACGUGGCACCCAUUUAUCACCAUCCGCAAGGUGCAAUGGAGGGGUCCACAGCAAUGCAUCAUCAGCGACCAAGAUUUUCAUACCAUGCCAAUGGAGGCAGCAGUUUACAAGAAUCACGCCAGGGGGCCAUGUCGUCACAAGGCUCCCUAGCGACUGACACCAGAAAGCCACCGUCCCUGAUUGACGCUGUCAUAGAAGAGAUGUACGACUGCGACGAAACAGCGAUAGCCCAGGAAAGAUCUGCCUGGAGGAUGGGUACAUCUACAAACAGAACAGAACGUCCGGUCAUUCCCGAGGUCUUUGUGAGCCCCCCGGCCAGGAGGCUGAAGGAAAAUAGAGAAGUCAAAUCUGCCAUGAAUCUUGUGGAUAAGAUGAUAGAGGACGCUUAUUUCUCAUCCAAGCCCGUGAAAGACGCGGACGUACCGCCGGCGAAGGAGGUCCGACCCUUCGGUCAUUCCAGGUACUCGCCUCCGCUGACAGUGUCGAUGUCUGACGGUGGCCCACCAUCCGUGCAUUCGACCCCACCAGCUCACCCGAAAGACUUUAUGAGUGCCCUUGUAGCGAGGGUCGUGGAUGAAGAGUACGCAAAAGACGACGUGGCUGCUGCUGUCCCGGAAAGACCACACCAUGAUAGACAGCUGCAGGAUAACAGCACCCCAUACGGCGAUCAACCUAAUUUACCAGAACCAAUAGCGAAACCGCACGACAACCCAACAUCCAAUCAGGAGCAAGAGGAUCAAUGAGUUUACAAUGUGCGCUCCGAACCGGCGUAUGGCAGCAAGCCGCUAGGUGGAAGCAGCAGACGUUCUGUCCAAUACGAACAAUGCACAGCUACAAGACGGUCA